AGUAUGCUUAAUUCAAACAUUUUUAGCGUCUUGGCUGUCACAGAUUAUUUCAAUAUAUGUAGAGCAACAUUCUAAUUUACAGUCGUCUUAUCGCCACUUUCACGAACUUUUUUAUGAAAAAAAAUAUCGCAUCAUAUUCUCCUAUAUUUGUUCCUGAGAAUACGCAAAUUUCAUUCUAAGGUCGCUUUUAUCCAUCUUUAAAACUAGUGGAGUCGUCACGUAGUACUCCAGAUGAUGCAGUACGUACGGUUGUUCUUGCCCAAACCAAUUAAUAUUAUUAUUAUUAUUUAAAUACGCUGACAAUGUUCUUAUACAUUAUUGCAGAGUGUAGUAGGGUCGUAUGCACGUCUUGUACAUUCAACUAAAGAGUAAGUCUCUCAAUUUGAUAACAAACUAACUAAAUAGCAAAGCCGUGAACGAAGAUCCUCAGUGCGUGAACGCUGGAUCUCACAGGAGAUCUAAUCAGCCAAACUUGAAAAGUAAAACGGUGAUAAGUCAAAGAUGACACAACGUCGUAUAUUUAAAACAAUGUUUCGGCUGGCCAGACCAGCCUUCUUCAGGUUUGGAUGUCACUAAAUUAUCAAAAUGAAUUACAAUUUGAUGCAUUUGUAGAUGAGUGUGAGACUUAACACGUUUUAAACGGAAAUAAAAGGCAUUGAAGUAUACAAGAUACACUGAUCUUUGCCACACUGUUCGUUUCAAUGGUAUAAUUAGUUAGAACAAUUUAAAUUUUAAUAUUAUUAAUAAUACGUUUCUGUUAACGUCACAUUCUUAAAUUGUUGCCUAUCUUAAAAUUAUUAAAAAAAAAACAAAACAGAACAAAACAAAACAAAACAGUGCAUCGACGGCCGUCAAGAAUAUUGCACUUUUUUUCUCAAGGUGGCGAUCAGUUAAGAAUCAGAAUUUGUGUUUUUGUACCAGUUUUUAAUUUCUUGCAAAGCCGUAUCGCCUUUUGACCGUUACAAAUGAUAUUCAGUCAGACCGCGAGGUCGGCUGGGCUGUUAAAGAUCGAUCUUGCCUUUUCCCUUAAGGAAUUUAGCUACUGCUGCUCAAGGAAUGAACCUGUCUCUGCGAAGCAGGCACACUAUCACGCCUGAACUGACCAUGGAACGUCACUGAUUUGACUUUGACGUUCCUAAUAAAGUCCUGCCGUUAAACCGGCGAUACCUCGUUGACUUUAACUCCUCACGCUUCGGACUAUAGACCUUCGCAGAUUUGACUUUAAACUGUACGGUGAGAUCAUGGCUGAUGUAAGAACUGUUGUCGUUUUGAUGUUCAUACUGAUACUGUAAAUAUUCGAUGUUGAUUAUCCGUCACGUUCGCGUCACAGGUCCGCGUCCGGGCGGCACGCAGUGAUCACGAACUUAAGCGUCACGUGACUCGGCGUUCACUGUCUUUCAUUUUCUCCAUAAGGUCACAUAAAAUACUAAAGAGUUAAUAAAUAUUCCGAUAUUUCAGGCGAUGAUGCCUAGGUAGGAAUAGGAACGGUUCUUUCUUUUCUAAAUUUUUAAAAUGGUUCGGGAUGGGAGAUAGUGGAAGACAUGGAAACGACGUGAGAAAGUCGCCAGGCUUGAUUUUGAGUGCAGAAUUAGGAACAAGCUUUUCAAUGGUGCGAGAUGGAAGGGAGCGUUUACUGAAGGUGGAAGACAUGGAAGCGACGUGUGAGAGUCGCCAGGCUUGGAAAUCAUUGCCAGCGAAAAAGAUAUCGACAUGAUUUGUCCACAACGCAUCAAAAGUACUAGAAUUUUAACUAUGAUAUUUCUUGGUUUUAUAAUAUUUUACGCCAAUCUUUAUUUGCUUAAAAUAAAGUGUGUUACGACGAAGGGAGCACCAAAGACAAAAUUUAAGAGUAAAGGGCAAGAGAAGGACUCGAUCCCACUAAAGCCUAGGCACCGUGAGACGAUCGCUGUAGUGCAAGGAAAGAAUUUUGCCGCAACAGAAAAUCCGCCAAAGGACACAACUGCCAGUGACCUCGCUUUCAAAUCAAAACGUUUUGAGAAUAGGAAGACUUCGUGCGCUCGAAGAAUACGCGAAAUAGACGGCGGGAUAGUGCUGCUCAGAAACGUCACUAUACGUGCAGGGCUUAGCCACGCUAAGGUCCUUGAAAUGCACUUGAAGCGUCCAACAGAAAAAGAUGAAUACUUCAAGCUGGAGAAAGGCUUCUUCACCCUCUACUGUGACGGUGAUGUGAACGAAGCGAGGAAGAAAUUACAAACAGCAGAAGCUUAUUACGUGUUAUCCCAUUGGAUCAUCGCUUUUCAAUUUGCACAUCCAUCCCUUUCGCCUCAUCGUAGAUCGAAGCAGUCAUUUCAAACUGGCCAAUACCUUGCAAUUCAAAGGAUCGAAUUUGCCAGCGUUUACUGGACAAUCAUCGACCUGUUGGACAUUUUCAUCACGACACAACGCAUGGGAAUCGAACCAGAGAAGCUUAACAUAGUUCUAAUAGAUGCUCAUCCUGCUACUCCAUUGGACCCCUUCUGGAGCGUGUUGUUCCAGAGACUGAUAAAGCUUGGCACUGAUGAUAUCUUUAAAUACUCAAAUGACGUUAUGUUUGAAAACUUGGCUUGGAGAUAUCCCCGCGAUAAUUGCCCAUUACUGGACAAAAAUGUUAAAUCCCUUAAAUACAUUCAACCUUUCAGGUCGUUUGUGCUGAAGAGGUUUGGCAUUCCAUCGGAAGUGCGCAAGCGAAACUGCAGUCAAUCGCACAAACUCAAUGUUCUGGUCAGCUUCAGAAGGGAUUACCACAGCCACCCGAGAAAGUCACGUGGUACUGUAGACAGAAAAAUCGCGAAUGAGGAAGAAGUCGUAAAUGAAAUGCAGAGUAACUUUUCAUCAAAACUGAACAUAACCACUGCUCAGUUAGACUUGCUGCCAUUGAAACGUCAGUUGGAACUUGUUGCCUCAGCAGACAUUUUCUUCGGAAUGCACGGGGCUGCCCAUGCAUUCCCCAUUUUUAUGGCACCAGGCGGGGCAGUAAUUGAAAUGUUCAAUUUUCGUUCUGGUAAUUGGCACAUGGAGAAAAUAUCUUCGCUUUCCGGACAUUCCCACAUUAUUUGGACAAAUACAGAUGAAAAUGCGUAUAACACAAAAACAAAAUCCACCACGAUUCCUGCGGGAAUACCCACGAUGCUGUUAAAGGAGGCAAUUGAGAAAAUUUGUGAAUAACAACAUUGAAAGAAGUUUGAUUUUGAUCAAGUUUGAGUAAAUAUUUAUGAGAACAGAAAAAUAGAACUGAAAAAGAGAAAGAAACUUGAACUAAAGAAAUCAUGGCCAGAAACUGAAAAAAUAUUUGUUUAAAAACAGUAUGUAUUCAUUCAUACGAAACUUUUAUUUAUUAGUGUUGUCCGCAAAACACUGAAAUUUUUAUAGUAAGCAUUUUGCUUAAGUCCAUUACAAAGUAUUUUCGGAGUGGGUGGUGGUGGGGGAGCGUAGGGGCGUUAUUAUUUUCAAAGGAACAUGUGUAGUUUAAAGGAAGAUUGCUGAAAUGAUCUAAGAAUAGCCGGAUAUGAAACAAGCAAGUGCAAUUGUCGCUUAGUAAACCUCUUGAGCCCAUACAGAUAAGAAAAUAUAUAUGGGUUAUUGACCAAGCUUGAGGUCAAGAUGGCUGGGUGUUGGCCAAGUUCGUUUCUUGUGUGUUGAUGGACCGAGAUGGAUAUAAACAGGCAAAAAAA